UAGGCGUAUAUUUAACAAUUCGUGUGUUGUGUUUAUACUUUUAUAUACAAAUACCCGUCGUCUGUAAUAUUUUUCUACGAGUCCGUCAAUUGACAAUUAUUGUCCACGCGAUAGUACACGGUUGUUUGUGCGCACGGACGCACUGAAUGAAAAAGUGAGGUGUUUGUGCCUAUACUUACUUAUCUUGUCGUGUAUUUUUUUACAUCACAACACACGAGCCGGGCGCGAGCGCGCUACGACGAUGUGACGGUCCCGAGCGUGUGUCUCGUCUGCAGCUGCCGCCGCGGCAUCAUCUCCUGGAGCAACACGAACCGCCAGUCGAGAGGAAGCAGUGCCUCCGACCGACUGUGUCGACAUACACAGAGAGUUAUACCGCUGCAGCUGCGGAUGUGCUGCUGGGUUCAAUUGAGGGAUUGAUACAAAUUUUUACAGGUGGCGAGCAAUAGUACGAGACAACGUCGACGAGAACAACAACGACGGCGGUGGUGAUAAGAGCAGUGCUGUGAGAAGGGGGUGGAUAAGGACAGGGGGAGGAUUGGGCUGUCAAUAUGACUCCCAUCUUUCUCAUUCUGUUGGUGGUGAUCGACCCGUUAAUUGCUCAGGAAAAUGACCCGCCGAGGUUCUUGGUCAAGCCGCAGUCCCAGUCGGUGAAGGCCGGUGGCAUUGCGAGCUUCUUCUGCAGCGCCUCGGGCUCACCACCGCCGCAGAUUCACUGGCGGAAAAACAGCAGAAAAAUUAAAGCGCAAGCGCGGUUCUUCGUCCACCAGUACGACAACGGCACGCUGCUGCGGAUCGAGCCAGUCAAAUCGGCUCGCAAUGGCGUCGAGUACGAGUGCUUCGCGGAAAACGGCGUGGGCGACGCGGUCUCCGCUACGGCGACCCUCACAGUUCACGACGCUGACAAGUUGCCGAAGGGCUUUCCGAUGAUCACGCAAGCGCCGACGACGAAAGUCGUUGAGGUCAACCACAGCGUUUUGCUGCCGUGCGCUGCCGUUGGCUCACCACCGCCCAUCAUAUCCUGGGUGAAGGACAUGCUGCCCAUCAACACCUCCAAUCCGCACUACAUGGUCCUCGAGUCUGGAUCGCUGCAGAUCACAAAGUCGGAGCCGACGGACCAGGGAAAGUACGAGUGCGUGGCCAACAACACCGUGGGCACGGAGUACUCCAAGUACGGCCACCUCUACGUGAAAGUGCGCCGCGUACCGCCGCAGUUCACGAUCCCGCCGGAUCCGGUGAAGGAGGUGAUGUACGGCUCGUCGGUGAACCUCACGUGCGUGGCCGUGGGGGCGCCCAUGCCGAGGAUCAAGUGGCGCAAGGAGCCCGCCGAGGACCUCACCCCCGACAACGACAUACCCCUCGGCAAGAACGUGCUCUACUUGAGGAACGUCCGCGAGUCGGGCAACUACACCUGCAUCGCCAACAGCGUACUGGGCAUCAUCAACGCCACGAGCUACGUCAAAGUCCACUCUUUGCCGAUAGCGCCCGAGAACGUGCAGGUGUCGGAGAUCACGGCGACGUCGGUGAAGCUGACCUGGUCGUACAAGGGCCCGGACGAGCUGGCCUACUACGUGAUACAGCACAAGCCGAAGCACACGAAUCAGGCGUACGCCGAGAUAUCGGGUAUAACGACGAUUCACUAUCAGGUGCGCAACCUCAGCCCCUACACCGAGUACGAGUUCUUCGUGAUCGCCGUCAAUGAUAUUGGACGUGGCAUGCCCAGUGCCCCCGUGCUCGUCACCACCGGGGAAACAAGCGCCAGACCAGGCAGCGCACCCCGCCGAGUGCAGGUUCGCCCGCUGAGCUCGACCACGAUGGUCAUCCAGUGGGACGAGCCGGAAACACCCAACGGCCAAGUCACCGGCUACAAGGUGUACUACACGACCGACCCGAGCCAGUCCAUGCAGAACUGGCAGUUCCAGACCGUCGACAACAACCAGUUGACGACCAUCUCCGACCUGACGCCCCUCGUCAUCUACACGAUCCGCGUGCAGGCGUUGACGAGCGCCGGCCCGGGACCCCUGAGCGCCCCCGUCCAGAUAAAGACGCAGCAGGGCGUGCCCAGCCAGCCCGAGUCCUUCACCGCCGUAGACGUCGGCGAGACCAAGGUCACCCUCGAGUGGAACAAGCCCGCCCACAGCGCCGAGAACAUACUCAGCUACGAGCUCUACUGGAACGACACCUACGCCAAGGAGAAGCACCACCGCAAGAUCCCGGCCGUCGAGACGUACACGCUGACGAACCUGUACCCAAACACCCUGUACUACGUGUGGCUGGCGGCGCGGAGCCAGCGGGGCGAGGGCGCCACCACGAUUCCCCUGCCCGUGCGGACGAAGCAGUACAUCCCCGCGGCUCCGCCUCGUAACGUAACCGGCCAUCCGACGAGCUCGACGUCCAUACUGGUUAAGUGGGAUCCCCCGCCGGCCGAGCGGAGCAACGGCCGGAUCGCUUACUACAAGCUGUAUUACGUGGAGAACGGCCGCUCGGACAGCGAGUCCUCGAUAAUAACCCUCAACAACACCGAGUUCACCCUCGACGAGCUGAGAAAGUGGACCGAGUACAGGAUAUGGGUGGUGGCUGGUACGAGUGUCGGCGACGGGCCGCCCAGCUACCCCAUAACCGUCCGCACCCACGAAGACGUGCCGGGAGAUCCGCAAAACGUCAAGGCCACGGCCGUCAACUCCACGACCAUACACGUCACGUGGGACCCUCCUAAGAUCAAGGAGCGCAACGGCCUCAUACGCGGUUACCAAGUUCACGUACAGGAAGUCAACGAAAAGAACAAGAACCAGCUGAACGAGCCGAUCCACAGCAUGAUCCUCCAGGAGAACGUGCUGGACGCCAACAUAAGCGGCCUCCAGCCGGACACGCGCUACGACGUCCAAGUGGCCGCCCUGACGAGGAAGGGCGACGGCGCGAGGUCCGUCCCCGUCAACGUCAAGACCCACGGUGGCGUGCCGAGCAAGCCCCAAGUCAGCCUCAAGAUCCUCAGCCAGGAGGACCCGAUCGAGAUCGAGCUCGAGUGGAAGAAGCCCGUCGAGACUUUUGGCCAGAUCAUGGGUUACAGGAUACGCUACGGCGUCAAGAACCAGGUGAUGAAGGAGGUGUUCAUCAACGGCAGCGACACCUUCAACUACAGAAUAAAAGAUCUGGUCGAGCGAGGGGUUGACUACGAGUUCAGGGUCGCGGGAAAAAAUAACGUCGAUUACGGCCAAGAGGAGGUACGCAACUGGUUUAGCCAGGAGUCGCGGCCGUCGGGUCCACCGACGAACCUCACCUAUCACUUCCAGACGCCCGACACCGUAUGCGUCACUUGGGAGCCACCGCUGGCCAGGCACAGGAACGGCCACAUUGUCCAGUACAACGUGCAGUUCCACAAGAAGAACGACCACACGAGCGAGGUCGUGCGCAACACCACCAAGACCCGCAUUGUUUUCACGAACCUCGAGGAGCAUUGCGAGUACGUUUUCCACGUCAAGGCCUACACGAUGCGGGGCGAGGGUCCCUACUCCGAGAAGAUCACCAUAGCUACCGAGCGGGACAUCGGCAGAGCACCCAUGUCCGUCAAGGCUGUCGCUACUUCGGAGUCCAGUGUCGAGGUGUGGUGGCAGCCAGUGCCUAACCGGGGCAAGAUCGUCGGCUACAUGAUUUUCUACACGAUGACGGCAGUCGAAGAUCUGGACGAGUGGACCAACAAGACCGUGAGCGUGACGGAAUCGGCCGAUCUGCUGAAUCUCGAGAAAUACGCGACUUACGCUGUGGCUGUCGCUGCCCGCUACAAGAACAACCUCGGUAGGCUCAGCGAGAAGGUGACCGUGAAAGUCUGGCCAGAGGAGGUGCCACUCAAUUUGCGAGCUCCCGAGGUCUCGACGCACUCGAUGACCCUCUCCUGGUCGCCGCCCAUCAAGCUCAACCCCAUCAAGUACAAGAUCUCGUACGACGCGUUUAAGGAGUUUGUCGACUCGCAGGGAAUGACGCAGUACCAGAUAGUGCCGCGGCGCACGAUCGAGCUCGACGCCAACAUUUUCACGGUCGAGGUCAAGGACCUCCAGCCUUUUACCACCUACAACGUCAACGUGAGCGCCGUGCCGUCCGAUAACUCGUACAAGCCACCCGCCAAGAUCACCGUCACCACGCAGAUGGCCGCCCCGAAACCUAUGGUUGGCCCAGCCUUCUACGGCGUCGUCAACGGCGAGGAGAUUCAGGUGAUCCUGCCCCAGGCUUCCGAAGAGUACGGGCUGUUGUCGCAUUACGACCUGAUCGUAGUGCCAGAGUCGCCGGAGUACGUUAACAAAAAUCCAGAUGAAUUCACUGGAGACAUGAUCGCUACGUCGAAAGACGACAAUCCGCUCAAGCCUUACAUCACGGCCAAGUUCCCGACCCGAGACAUUCCGUACACCUUCCACCUGGGCGAUGGCGAGACCUACGAGGGCUACACGAACAGAAAAUUGGAGAAGGGAAGCAAGUACCGGAUAUUCGUACGAGCUAUUGUCGAUACUCCAAGGAAGCACCUGUACACAUCGUCUCCGUUCUCGGAGUACUUGUCCUUGGACAUGAGAGAACCACCCCCAGGAGAGCCCCCACGUAGGCCGAACCCAGAAGCUCCGAUCGACGGCAAUCCCGAAGUGUCGGUCGACAUAACCGGCCAAGAGCCGGGCAUGUUCUGGGUUGUCGGCCCCAUUAUCGCUGCCCUCGCGGUCUGCAUCGUUUUGGUCCUGGCGUUCGUUCUCAAAAAACGCAGGCAGCCAUGCAAGGCGCCCGAUCACACGGCGGUGACGCGGCCGUUAAUGUCGGCCGAUAUAAGCUCGAAUCACGCUCCGUCCGAUCCCGUAGAGAUGCGCAGGCUCAACUUCCAGACCCCGGGAAUGAUGUCGCAUCCACCUAUUCCGAUCAACGAACUGAGUACCCACAUCGACAGACUGAAAGCGAAUGACAAUCUCAAGUUCAGCCAGGAGUACGAGUCCAUCGAGCCCGGCCAGCAGUUCACUUGGGAUCACUCCAACAUGGACGUGAACUCGAGCAAAAAUCGUUACGCCAACGUCAUAGCCUACGAUCACUCUCGAGUCAUUUUGCAAACGAUCGACAGUGUCCCAGGAUCGGAUUACAUAAACGCCAACUACUGCGAUGGCUACAGAAAGCAAAACGCGUACGUGGCGACGCAGGGACCGUUGCAGGAGACGUUUGCCGAUUUCUGGAGAAUGUGCUGGGAGCUCAGGUCCAGCACGAUCGUGAUGAUGACGAAGCUCGAGGAGAGGACGAGGAUCAAAUGCGACCAGUACUGGCCAAGUCGGGGCACUGAGACUUACGGACAGAUGCAGAUCACGAUCAGCGACGUCCAAGAGCUCGCCACCUACUGUAUCCGGACCUUCCAGGUGUGCAGGCACGGGUGUACGGAACGCCGCGAAAUCAAGCAGCUGCAGUUUACCGCCUGGCCGGAUCACGGAGUACCCGAGCAUCCAGCCCCGUUUUUGCAGUUUUUACGUCGCGUGCGUAGCUUGAAUCCACCCGAGGCCGGGCCCCUGAUAGUCCACUGCAGUGCUGGUGUUGGUCGUACCGGUUGUUUCAUCGUCAUCGACUCGAUGCUGGAGCGCAUAAAGCACGAAAAAACCAUCGACAUUUACGGCCACGUUACUUGCCUGAGAGCUCAGCGCAAUUACAUGGUCCAGACUGAGGAUCAGUACAUAUUCAUUCACGACGCUCUUCUCGAGGCAGUCAUUUGCGGCAAUACGGAGGUUCCCGCGAGAAACUUGCAUACGCAUAUGCAGAAAUUGUUGCAGACAGAGGUCGACAAUAUAACAGGAAUGGAGCUAGAGUUUAAGAAACUAUCGAAUAUUAAGGCAGACUCGACGAGAUUUAUAUCGGCAAACUUGCCGUGCAACAAGCACAAGAAUCGAUUAGUCCACAUUUUGCCUUACGAGUGCACGAGGGUGUGCCUGCAGCCUCAGAGGAACAUCGAGGGCUCGGAUUAUAUUAAUGCGAGCCUCAUCGACGGUUAUCGGUAUCGAAGCGCUUACAUAGCCACGCAAGGCCCACUGAAUGAAACGACCGACGACUUUUGGCGUAUGCUCUGGGAGCACAACUCGACCAUCGUCGUGAUGCUGACCAAGCUGAAAGAGAUGGGCCGCGAAAAGUGCCACCAAUACUGGCCGUCGGAUCGCUCGAUUCGCUACCAAUACUUCGUGGUCGACCCCAUAGCCGAGUACAACAUGCCCCAGUAUAUCCUGCGCGAGUUUAAGGUGACAGACGCCAGGGACGGCGCGAGUCGCACCGUGCGCCAGUUCCAAUUCACCGACUGGCCCGAGCAGGGCGUGCCCAAGUCCGUCGACGGCUUUAUCGACUUUAUCGGCCAGGUGCACAAGACGAAGGAGCAAUUCGGCCAGGACGGGCCAAUCACCGUCCACUGCAGCGCCGGAGUCGGUAGGACCGGCGUCUUCAUCACCCUCAGCAUCGUGCUCGAGCGCAUGCAGUACGAGGGCAUCGUCGACAUCUUCCAGACUGUCAGAAUACUCCGCACCCAACGUCCGGCCAUGGUCCAGACCGAGGACCAGUAUCAGUUCUGCUACCGGGCGAGUUUGGAGUACUUGGGCUCGUUCGACCACUACGCCAACUGACAACCAGAUGUUCGCGAGCUGAGGGAACCGGGGCGAGAUCGCAGCGACCGGCCAAGGAGUCGCGAUCACACGAUGGAGCGGGCGGCCAAGGUGCGCAAGGUCUAGUGGUACGACGAGUCGUCGUCGCCGCCACCGCUCCGCCGUCAUCAUUUCUACACUCCGCCAUCAUCGGGUUUCUCGGCGAGCGAGUUCGACGAUUGAUAAGAAUGAAAGGAAAGAAGAACAAGUAAAGGCCAACUGUUGUCCUUUUUUUUUUUUCUUUUUCUUUUUUCACUUCAUCGAAGGCCGGCGCGACGACGUUGACAAAAUAAACGAGAGUUAAUUGUAAGUACGAAUAAUGCAAGGUCAGGGGAAGAACGAUACAUCAGAGCUUCGCCGUUUCACAUGCACAUCCUCGAUGUUUUCUAUUAAGGUUCUUUCGUGUCCGAACCUUUCUCUUUUAAGCGUUAAAAAAACAGUCGAUUGUGUAUCCCCACAAUCUCCUGCAAUACAUAUCUCUCACUCGAGCGCGUGGACGAGUGCUUUGAACCUCUACGCAGGUUUGCAGCUUUUUUGGAAUUCACUUAUACUAACUUUUUCGAAAUCCCUUUUACCAUAAUAUUCCUAUUGCGUAGCCUUGUAAAUUAUUGUAGCUAAUGAUACAAAAAGACCAUAUCCUAGUUGUUCCUCAUAAUUGAGCAUAAAACACUCGGAAUCUAAAGCAAUUUUGAGCAAACGUAUAAAUUUUUUCUUCAAUUGUAGGGUAAACUUUUUUCAAUUUUCCAAAAAUUCAUCAGUAAUAACGAAAGGUUUAGUGUACAAUCGAAUCCCUACGGUUUAUUGGGUGUAUUGUGUGCCUUCCUUGUUAUCUUAAUAUUGAAACUACAAGGACUGGGCUCACGUUUUCGCAAACUGCGCCCUUUGCUAACAAUCUUCUGUGCGUCGAUGUAGGACUGCCGAAUUCCAAAAAUUGCUAUCAGUAUCCGCUGAAACGGCGUUUGGACACAACAAUCCACCCCUGAAAAGAUGCAUGCGUUAUAAUUAUUAUGUGUGAAAUAAAAAUGACUAAACUGAAUGCAAUUAUUUUUUUGUUUUUCUAAUCGAACUUAACAAGAAAGAAAGAAAGAAUGAGUAAAUGUCAUACUGCCAAAUCGACAAUUUAUUAAAGAUAAAAAAUAAAAUGCUAUACCUAUUAUUUACGAUAGAGAACCUUUCUAAUACCCUAACGUAUAACAUGAUCUUUAGCGCGUAAGUAAUCAUUGUAAUUUUAGACAGUUAAGUAACGAGCUAUUAGAAUUGUGAAAAAUAAUAAAUCGAACAAAACAGAACAAAAAAAGACACGCACGAGUGUGCUAAUAAAUUAUGGAUAAUGCUAUACAGAGAGUGGACGGAACGUGGAGUUUCGCCUAGUGUGAAUAAUUACUGAAUAAUUUUAACGGAUAUAGUGCGGCACUGAAUGUUGAAAUCACUGAUUGUUGUUGUCCCGUGUCUCGCGUUCAUUAUCAUGUGUACAAAGUUUAAGCUUCUCUCGUACGUCAUUUUAUACGUACAUGUAAAAUCAAUUUGCCACGUAGGCUUCAAUUGUUAUUUGUUAAUGUAAUGAUUUUUUUUGUACAUGUGUGAUAUACAAAUUUUUUUCAUGUGUUUGUAUUAAAACGUUUGUUGUCAUCAGUUGUGAUUCAAUUUAAAAAAAUUACAACUGUUUUGCGUAGACUUACGUAGUAAUGAAUAUAAUGUUGAUAAUUUUUACACACAUACGUUUUCUUUAUCAUUUAGUUGUAAUCUUGUGUCUGAAAGAAAUAGUAAAGAUUAAAAAAUACAAAGCAAUAAGUAAGAGAAUCAAUUUGUCAUUUGAAGUUGCUCUUUAGUUGAUUAUGAAGUGAAAAUUUUUUACAUUUCACACGAGCCAUUUCAUAAUAUUUGUAAAAAAAAAAAAAAAAAAAAACGCGCAUGUGACUUCAAACUGAUUAUUGAAAAUGCAAUCAAUUUUUAAUUAAUGAAAAUGCGCGUUGUAUUAUGUCGUCAAUUUUUUCGUACAUGAGGUGGUAACAUAAAUUUUAAUGAAUGGACUCGUGAACACGGGAAUUCGCAAUUUGUACAUAAAAAGCACUGUACCACCGUAAAUAACAUUAAAUAUACAUAAGGUAAUGAACGAUGUAUACAUAGAU